GAUAUGUGUGCGAGUGGAGCGUCAUAACUGGAAAGUGGGCUAGCAAUCCGCAUUAUCCGGAAACACACCAUUGAUUCCUGAAAUUCUUCAUCCGUUAAUUUGCAGACGGGUGAGGUUGGCUAGCUGAAGCAGCACAACAAUGGCAAUGUUAUUCGUCCGUAGAAGGAUAUUUCCAUCGCAAGUAGUAGUGCCUACUACUUUCUUGGUCUUAGCUCUUGUGGUUAUGAUAACUCCUAGUGCGGUGUUGCAAAACGCUGCUGCAAUAACGUGCCGCAACUUCUGCAACAACAUUCUCAUAAAAUAUCCUUUCGGCAUAGACGACGGUUGCGGCGCCCCCCAGUAUCGACAUAUGCUCAACUGCUCCUCCACCGAUCUCUUCUUCUUAACUCCAUCCGGCAGCUACAAAGUCCAGUCAAUAGAUUACGACCACAGCAGCAUGCUCAUCUUUGACCCGGCCAUGUCCACUUGCUCCAUCCUCCAGCCCCACCAUGACUUCCUCAUGACCGACCUCCAGUCCGCCAUCAUCCCUCCUUCCCCCGACACCGUCUUCGCGCUCCUCAACUGCUCCGUCGAUUCCCCUGUUCUCAACCGCUACAAGAACCUCUGCUUCAAUUUCUCCGCCCAUUCCUGCGACGAGCUCUACGGAGCCUGCACUUCCUUCAAGCUCUUCCACCUGCUGUCCAACACCACCCCGCCAUGCUGCUUCACCGGCUACGAUACCCUCAAGUACAUGAGCAUGAAUAUACUGGACUGCACGCAUUAUACCAGCGUGUACAAUACCGAUGACUUGAAGGGCGUGGGGCCACUUGAUUGGCUUUAUGGGAUCAAGUUAUCUUUCAGCGUCCCAGACACUGGGUGUGAACGCUGCACCAACUCCGGGGGUACUUGCGGUUUUGACGUCGAGACUCAAGGGACGUCCUGCAUCUGCUCCACCACUACUAAUUCCACAAGAGAGUGCGCCGGAGGUAGUGCGGUAAAUGCAGGUCGAAAGAGUUAUCGAGCAUCCUCCAUUUUACAAAUCACUGUUUACUUCUUGCUUUUGUUUACUGUUGUACGUUAAUUUAUUAUUCCUUUAAUCUUUAUAUUUCAAUGUUUUGGUAAUUUUACUGCUAGCAUAUGCUAUCGGGAGGGUUUCUAAUAUAAUAUAUUGUUUUCUUUUUUAAA